AUGAGGAUAAUUUGCUGGAACUGCCGAGGUGUGGGCAAUCCUCAGGCAGUAAACGCUAUGGUGGAUAUUGUACAGUAUUAUAAACCAUCUAUUCUUUUUCUUAUGGAAACAAAAGCUAAUGGUGUAAGGAUGGAACAAAUAAAGUCUUUAUUACGUUUUUCUCAUUGUUUUUCUGUUGAUUGUGUUGGUAUUGGGGGUGGUCUCUCUCUUAUGUGGAAAGAUGAUGUCAAGCUAGCCAUUACAGGUUAUUGCUCUAAUUUUAUUGAUUCUACAAUUGGGGACGGUUCUGAUUGUUGGAGGUUUACUGGGUUCUAUGGUUGCCCUGAGUCGGGUCGUCGCCGAACUUCGUGGAAUUUGUUGAGGGCUUUGGCUAAUAGGAGUCAGCUUCCUUGGUUAUGUAGUGGUGACUAUAAUGAUAUUGCUGAUCCGUUGGAAAAAGCUGUGGGGUCUUUUUUGUCUUAUACAUAUAGAGAGGGUACUGAUCAGUGUUCGAAGGAGAGGUUGGAUCGUGCUUGUUCUAAUGCAACCUGGGAUGCUCGUUUUCCUGAUGCGAUUUCGUCUAAUUUAGUUGCUCCAGUUUCUGAUCAUACUCCUUUAUUAAUUGAAACUGUUGGAACUCAAGUUAGGGAGGCUAAUCGACGAUUUCAUUUUGACAAUUCAUGGCUUGAGGAUGAUGAGUUAGGGGAAGUGGUUUUGACGUCUUGGCAGCAAGGUUUGGGAUUGGAUUUUAUUCAACAUAAAGACCAGCUUGUGAAGCAUGUUCAGUAUUGGGGGAAGAAUAUAAAUCGCAUGUGUUGGCUUCAAAAAGAGCGAAUUAAGAAGAGAUUGGGGGAGUGUUCUGAAUCGCUUGAUACAAGGGCAGUGCGGCAACUGAAGGAUGUCUGGAAUCAAAUUUUGGCAAAGGAGGAUAUUAGACUACGCCAACAAGCAAAACAGUUCUGGUUUAGACAUGGGGAUAGGAACUCAAAAUAUUUCCAUAAUAGUAUCAAAACUCGUCGCAGAUGUAAUCGGAUUCAGCAAAUUGUGACAUCGGAUGGUUCAUUAUCUUCGGAUGUGGAGCUUCUCCCUCUGGUUCAGCCUAGAAUUGGGGCCGAAGAUAAUGUUGAGUUAUUGGCAGAUUUUACAGAUGAAGAAUUUUGUUCAGCGUUCUUUCAGAUGGACCCGAAUAAAGCUCCUGGGUUGGAUGGUCUUAAUCCGGCUUUUUUCCAGAAAUAUUGGCCAAUUAUUGGGGUGGAUGUUUGCAAUAUUUGUCGGUUGUGGCUUGCACAAGGUACUAUCCCUUCUGAAAUUUCCAGUGCUUUAAUUGUUCUUAUUCCGAAAUGUGUGAAUCUUGUUGAUGUGAAGGAUUUUAGGCCUAUUGCUCUCUGUAAUGUGAUUUAUAAGAUCUUGUCUAAGGCCUUAGCCAAUAGAUUGAAGAGGGUCCUGCAUAAAAUUAUUUUGCCAAAUCAGUCUGCUUUCAUUCCUGGGAGACUAAUUACAGAUAAUUUUAUUGUUGCUUUUGAGACCAUGCAUGGUUUGAAAUUACAAAAUAGGGGUAGUGUGGGGUCGUGUGCUCUGAAAAUUGAUAUUGCUAAGGCCUAUGAUAGAGUUGAAUGGUCAUAUUUGUUUGCGAUGUUAUCUGCAUUGGGCUUUUCUGAUACUUGGGUUGGUUGGAUGCGUAUGUGUUUUUCAAACAUGAGCUACUACAUUGUUGUUAACGGAGUAGAGAUUGGUCCUGUGGAUAGUGAAAAUAGGGGCCUUUUGCAUGGGUGUUGCGCGAAAGUUGGUUGCCCCCCGGUUUCUCACCUUUUCUUUGCAGAUGAUUCCUUACUAUUUUUUGAUGGUACAGUGGAGGAAGCUAUACGGAUUAAGCAAAUUCUUGGUGUUUAUGAGAAGGCUUUAGGUCAGGCUGUAAAUUUUGAUAAAUCUGGCAGAGAAGUAUUAAUUAAAUCUGUAUUACAGGCAAUUCCAACAUAUUGCAUGAAUGUUUUUUUAUUACCUGUUUCCACUUGCCGUCAGCUACAGGUCAUGAUGAAUAAAUUUUGGUGGGGUGGUUGUUGUGAGGAUGGGAGAGGGAUGAAUUGGCUCUCGUGGGAUCGAAUGUGUGGGCGUAAAUUGGAAGGUGGGAUGGACUUUCGGGAUUUGGCUAGUUUUAAUACUGCCUUAUUGGGAAAGCAAUGUUGGCGUUUGUUGGUUGACACCAAUUCUCUUCUAUAUAGAGUGCUCAAAGCUAAAUAUUUUCCGAAUGGGGAUUUUUUGUCAGCUCGGUUAGGUUCUAACUAUAGCUUCGUUUGGAAGAGUAUUUUGUCUUCUCAACAAGUGUUGCAACAUGGGGUAAGGUGGCGAAUUGGUGAUGGUAAGCAGGUUUUUGUUGUUAAUUGCCGUUGGAUUCCUCAGGAUAUUGGUUUUAUGACUUUAGAUGAGUCGAUAUUUGUUCCUGAAGCCAUGAGAGUCUGUGAUUUGUUUGUUGAAGGUGAGCUGCGUUGGGAUGUAGAUAAGCUAAUGAAUAUUUUUAGUGUUGCUGAUAUGAGAGCUAUUCUUACUAUUCCAUUGCCUCUAUUCCCAAAACCGGAUAAAUUAAUUUGGCACUUGCAUAAGAAGGAUGUGUACUCAGUUAAAUCUGCCUAUUUUUAUGCCUUAGAAUUGUCGGGUAAGACUAGUGUGCUGGGUUAUAAUGAUGGGUGGAACCGUCUUUGGUCUCUUGAUGUUCCUCCCAAAGUUCGUGAUUUUCUUUGGCGUGCUUGUCGUGGAGUGCUUCCUACUCGGGAUAUUCUUUUGAGGCGUGGGAUACAUGUACCUGCUGCAUGUCUUUUUUGUGAUCAUGAUGAAUCUAUUUCACAUGUUUUUUUGCAUUGUCCAAUGGCUGUUGAGUUAUGGAGACUUGCUGGUUUUUCUACUACUGUUGAUUUUCCUAUAUUCAUGGAUUUCUUUAUUCAUAUUUAUAAUACUUUUGGCAGAGAAAGGACAGCACGUAUGGCUAUACAUGCAUGGAAGUUAUGGCAUACCAGGAAUGAAAGAUUGUGGGUCAAUAAAGUUUUGUCACCUAGUGAGGUUCAUCAUGCUGCUAGUUCCUAUUUUACUGAUUAUGUGGCUUCACUUGUGGCUCGACCAAGGACUCUUGCUAGUGCUGAUUUGUUCGGUUUUGCAGCAGUAUUUGAGGACUUGGAAGGCUUCUUUUCCAUUGCAAUUUCGGGUUUCUAUGAGGGGGGUGGGCAACCUGUUAUUGCUGAAACUUUGGUCUUGCGUCAAUGCAUAUCUUAUGCUAGAGAUUAUUUUCUUCAGGCUGGUUGUAUUUUUACGGAUAACCAAUCCUUAGCCUUGGCUAUUCGCUCUACUCUGGAUGACUUUUCGGAGUUUGGAUCAGUUGUUUCUGAUUGCAAUGAUGCUAUGCGGUCUCAGAAAAUAGAGCCGCCCAUUUAUUAG